GAAGACGUUGUUACUAAACGUACGUGUGAAUAAUCGAAUAUUAUGUGUUAACGUUGAAAUGGGUGUAAAGAAUAAUAACGUGCUUGAAGUGGUCUCCGGUUGGGAGGCAGUAGAACUAAUAUUUAAGUGCGUAUUUAUUGGACUGUGGCAAUGCAUAAAGAUAUCCGUGAAAAUGCUGUGGAAGGGGCACAGGAGGAAAUUGUUAAGAAAUCACUCAACGAUUGAGUUGACUGUGGACUCCUCUAUUGGAACUCAUUGUUAUAUUAAAGUUAUGGGUGUAAAAUAUCACUACGUAGAAAGCGGUCCGAAACAUGGCCGAAUAGUACUCAUAUUGGGCGACGCGCCUGACAAUGGGAACCUAUGGGGCCCAACAUGGCCCACGGUGGUCAGGAGGCUGUCAGAAACUGGAUAUCAUGUCAUCAGUCUGGACCUCAGAGGCACGGGGGGCAGUGAAGGUGGCGCGAGAUGGGACCUCUCACCACCUCAAGCGGUAGAGGAGUUGUCUGCAUUAAUGAGAGCACUUGGCGUCUCUCAGAACAAACCAGCUGUCGUAAUUGGCUUUGGAAUUGGCGGUAUGUUGUCAUGGUAUUUAGCCCACUGUCACGGUCACUUGAUAAGCAAGAUGGCCAUUAUUGGGGCACUUCAUCCGAAUCUCUACUGGCAGAAUCCGCCAGUUUUCUGCAACGGCGCUCUACAUUUCGUUCAGUGGCCAUAUUUGCCGGAGCGGUGGCUAGCUGAAGGCGAAUUACAAGACGGCGAGGAUGGUCGAUGGACCAGCUCGCGGGCGUGUGAUUGGACAGGCGCUCUCAACUAUAUCAGAGGUGCCGCUUGGUGGCGCAUCAGGUCUGGUCAUAUCGUGGAAGCACCAGUACUCCUGGUAGGAGCUACCACUGGCGCGGCUCUGGUAGUCGCUUCCGCACUCCACUGCAGCGCGUCCAAGAUUCGCCUAGUGGAUAAACCAGAUCCAACCGACGAAAAACUGCCGGCGAUAGUACUGGACUUUUUAAUCGAAAAAAAAGCACCCAUACUAAAGCAGCCUCAAGAAGUAUCCAGAAGCAUGUUAAGGGGUCUGCUGGGAGCGGUAGCCGACCGAGGGCGAGAACUCACCAGCAAGCUAAUGCAUGGUACCAACGACAACAGUUCAUUAGUAAUACCUGUUCAAGGAUAACUUGGGAGAAAACAGUGGAAUAACUUUUUAUAUACAAAUACAAAAACAUGACUGAGAAAUAACGCAAGACAAAAAAGUGUUGUGUUGCUAUCGUUUUCGUUGUCUUACAGUAUCUUACAGUAAGAAAUUUUGUUUUGGUUUUGUUGAAUUCCAUUGCUAGAGUCAAUAACUAAAAAUUCCCUCCUCCAGUGUGUAAGUUUGCUUUAAAGACGAGAUUCGAAGCUGAAGUACUUGGUACUGAGGUUCCAGAUUUUUUGCCACGAAGGAUGUAUACAUGAUGCUUCUAGUGACGUAAAAUUUUAUGAUCUGUGGCAGCUUCAAAUCAGAGAAAUGCCUCGGUUGUUAAAAUUGUCUUUCAUGUGUGCAAGCGUAAUUUUGUAAUACAUAUUUAGAAUCGAAUAAGACAAUUAUAGGUUUUAGUUAAUACUUUCGUUUAUUGGUCGCCAUUACUGUUAGUGUACAUUAUACUAGUUCAGAUAUUUUUAAUUAUGUUAAAAAUAUUAUGAAUCAAAAACAACAUUAUAGUUGUAACGAUGUAUAAUUGAAGUCUUUAAUACUUACCAUUUUAUAUAUUUUAUAAAAUGAAUUGUAAAGUUAAUUAUGCAUAUAUUAAAAUAUCUUUGUAUCAGUAGUUAGUACUUAGGUAACAUAAGAUUGGAACUUAAAUAAUUAAAAAAGAUUUAUAGUAUCUUCUUUCAGUUGUAAUAAUUUAAGUUCAUCUCACUUUUCAGAAUUAUAAGCAUAUGUAAGCCUCGAACAAUUUAUGGAUGAGUUUAUUAUUUGUUGAAUAAGGUCAUUCUUUAUCUCUACAUUAUUCACAAUAAAAAAAAUAUUAUUAAUAUACUGUAGACAUUAUCUUUUGAGCCUAUGUUGUGAUUGAUUGUAUUACCUAUAACGCCAUAUAUAUUAUAACUU